GCUGGAACAGUAGGCAAAUGAAACAGGAAGAAUAUAUCAUGCUGAUCUCUUAAAAACGAAACCAAACGGGGAAGUCCCUUCGACUGCUGGCCAAGUAACGUACAUUCUGAUUGGUUAAGAACGAGGGAAGGUUAAAAAUACACGUUACUACAUCCUGCAUCUCAAUCUAGAGACUUUGCUUGCAGUUUUGCCUCUGAGUUAUUAAUGCGGCUGGUGCAUUGAGUUAAGUGAUAUUUUAGUGAUUAAAAAUGGUAAGUACAACAGGGUUUGGAUCAACUAUGGAAGAAAGAUAUAAAUUCGAGCUUAGCGUCGCCGAUUACAAAACGAACGAUCCUCAAGGCACUUCCGCCAUACAACGAACGAACUCCGAUGCCUCUGUUCACCAGACGAGUAAAGAUAUAAUCAAACAAAAACUGACCGCCAGAGUUUCCCCGAUGACGCGACAUCAGGAGCAAUUUUUGGAUAGAAGACUUCAUCCGCUGACUGUAGUUCCUAGUCGUGGAAAAUCAACUCGAACAUAUGGAGCGAGCACCAAAACACAGCUUACCGAUAUUGGUACUGCUGCACCUUUCAUAAAACGCGAACCGCAAAAACUUGCGGAGAAGCGAAAAUUCCAAGCUACAAAUGUUAUAAUUGCUCCUAAAACUGUCAAGUCAGACACUUCUCCCAGUAAACGAAAAAAACCCGAGACGAAAAGGCCCAGACCAAUUCUGCCACGGACGAUGCAAGGUUAGUAACCAAAUUCUGUGAACGCAAGCAGUUUUAUGAUUCCAUCCCAAUUGUCAUAUCUCACAAAGAAAUAUUUCCAUUUAUCACUUCAAGAGCAAUGGCUUGAUACUUGAACAGUUAUUAUAAAAAUAUAACUGGUAAACAGAGAUGCUUGCAAGGUAUUUUGUAAUUUUAGAUAAUUAUAUGCAAGCGUCGACGAAGAGAUAAUUUAUAAUUCAUUCUCUACAUUUAACAAAAUAUGGUUUUUUAAUAAUAUUGUAUAUCACAACAGAAUGUAUAUAAUCUUAUACAUGCAUAAUGCCAAAAAAUUGGAGAAACAUUUGGCGAACUAAUUCAGAAAUAACUGAGAAACGAUCACAUAUAUUAACUUUCACUUUCAUUUGAUGACGAGGGUUUUAACGUCAGGCAUGAGUUGACACGUUUUCAAAAUAUUGUAAAUCACUGCAUUUUUCGAUGAUACCAUUAACAACAUUCAAAAGUAAUGGUAUGCCUUCUAAUAAGGUUUUUGGCGAAAAACGUAUGGACGGUGUCGCGCCGACAAAAUUGGCAGAAUUAGGGGGAGCCCCAAAUUUCGUUUAAUUUUUCACGUGCUCUCUACUUUCGCGUCAUUUGGGAAAGUCCCACACUCUUGGUAACGUGAAAAAAAUGUUACUCCCAAACUUCCGGGGUUUCCCAUACCGUUGUGAAAAAGGGAGAUAUUAAAAAUAUUUUUAAACUUCCGAAGACAAAUAUAAUAGAGAGAAUCAAAUAAAAAAUCCCAAGGCCAAGUUGCCAUGUUUUCAUAUUCCACUUAAAACAUUACUCAGCAUGUAAUGUUCUCAGGGGGAUCCCCUGAGGAAGAAAUUGCCUUUUGGGCUUAUCCAUGGGGUCUCCCCCUGGUGAGUAGUGCACAGUCAGCCCAGUGCAACAGGACAACUCAAAGUUCUAGCUUUAGAAAAAAAUUUUUUUUCAGAAAUUGUUGAUAAUUUAAGGAUAAUGUGCUGCUCUUUUUUUCCCCAUCAUUUAACUUUCAGCAAAAAAUCUGUUAAAAUGCAGUUUUAACAAACAUGGUUCCUUGAGACCACAUUACAUCUCAUGCUUGAGACAGUCAAAAUAACAGAACUUGUUAUGGUUUAGUUCCAGUUCAGCCAGAAGUUAAACCAGUUGUUGAACCAGCUGUUAAACCAGCUACACCUGUCAGUCCAGAACCUAAACUGAUGAGUGAUAAUGUGGCGACAAUGAGUCUCCUGUCAGCCACAGAGUGUCACCUGGCAACACUUCAAGAUGAAGAUGGCGACACGUGAGUAUUUUUUUUUUUUUUCAAUUUGAACUCUUUGUUUACUCUACAUCAAUAAAAUUAAACUAAAUUAUUCAACCUUUGCAUGCAAGGGGGGGCCAAUGUUCUUUUUUCUUUUGGGUAGAGAGGUUAAGUGGUUGCAACAUAGGAGUCGGUAUGGAAAGGGAAGAUUUAUGGUAAACAGGGGCCGGAAGGAGGAAGCAAGAAUGGGGAAUUAACCCUUAACUCCCCUGAUCAAAUUUGUAAUUCUCUUUACUGUUAACCAUACAAUUCUCAUAAUGUUAGUUCAGAGAAUUCAGCAUUGGAUCAACUAAUUAUCCCCAAAUUGAUAUUUUUCUUUAUUCUCAUCACUUAUCUGGUUAAUAUUGUAUUGAUAUUGUAAGGAGAAAUUCUGUCUUGGUCGCUAAUGGGAGGUAAAGGGUUAAUAGUGUAGGGACAGAGAAGAAAGGGUUAAGUAGGGAGGAGGGGUUGGGUGUGACAAAGUAGGGGGAGGUGUUGGGGAAGUAAGAUUGUAAGGGGGCCGGAUAUUGGAAGGAAAGGGUGUUGGGUAUAGAAUGGGAAACUUGCAUGUUAGGGAAGGAGUGGUUGGGUAUAAAUAGGUAGCAGGUAGGAGCUAAGUUAUGGGAGGAGAGGGAGUAUUAGGAGCAAGAAAAAGGGUAUGGUUUAUAGAUGGACAGUUUGUUGAGGUAUAAGAAUUAAAUUGCUAAGGGAUAGGUUGGAGGAAGAACUAAGUUGUAGAAAGGGAGAGAUCUGAGGGCUUAAAGAGAAGGGAAAGAGUAAAGUGAAGAAACUGUAGAAAAAGGUGGAGGCAAAGGAUAGCCAUUAAUAAUAAAUUGCUUUCAAUAACAGAUUAUUCUUCACAUGCACAUCAGUCUAAGAAACAUUUUGAUUUUCGAUUACUUGCAGACCUCUUCACAUAGCCAUUGCACAUGGGAACACCCAACUUGUAGAAUACCUCAUCAACCUCAUGUCAUGCCUAACACUGGACAUUUAUAACAACCUGAAACAAACACCGUUACACCUGGCUGUCAUCACAGAACAACCUUAUAUUGUAGAAAAACUUGUGUCUGCCGGAGCAAACGUGAACUUGCCUGAUCGUAAUGGUCAAACACCAACCCACCUGGCUUGCAAUAGAGCAAGUGUAGAAUGCUUGGAAACACUUGUAAAGGCAAGGAAUACUCCUGACUUGGAGUUAAGGAACUUUAAUGGGUACACUCCUCUUCACGAAGCCGUACUUGCACGUUGUAGUGGGGCAGUGACUUGUUUAAUAAGACAAGGUGCUAAAGUAAAUUGUAAGGUGAGUUGAUAGAGGCAGUUUUAUCAACAAAUACCUUAAAAAAAUCCAUAGUUAGUGGGUCAAUGUUACAAAGAAUCCUAAAAUACCAAUAAGUUUUGUAAGAGAGUAUGCUUCCUUCUAACAGAUAGGCAUUCCAGCUGAUCUUACAUUAAAUAGACAUGCUUGUCAUCAUAGCUUCUAUUUUAGAUAUAUUUAGGGUGAUGUUUCUUUUUUUAACUUAUUAAAUAAGCACCCAACAUUAUAAUUUCUGUUAAGUUGAGGAAUAUUUUAUAUCAAAGGCACCCUUAUUAGAAACACUUGACUUCACUCAUAGAAAAUACAUGCCUCUUUUUUUCCUAAUCAUUUAAGGAUGGUAAAGGUGGUCGUACCCCACUACAUCAUGCAGUAGAGACAGAAAACAUGGAAGUGAUACAAGAGCUGCUAAAGUGUGGUGCAAAUGCCAGUGAAGGAAGUUUUUCAGGGAACACUCCAUUGCAGAUAGCUAGUGGGCGCUCCAUGCAGAACGUUAGGCUCCUACUGGAAGCAGCUAGCACUAACAUCAAACCAAGCAAACAUCGGGAGGUAAGGAUCAAGUCAAACUUCUAAAACUUUAAAUAAAAUAAAUAAAAAAUUUUUUCACCUCCUCUUUCUCACUUUGGAGUGAAAUGAAGCUACAGAAGAAUGAAUCUCCUUGAUGCCUUUGGAUGCAGUUAAUUUUGAGUUCCAUUCCUAAACCAUGCUUGAGGUUACUAAAUUCUCCAUUGGUAGAAAACUUUUAAUUUGAGGCUAGUUGCGGCAAGUUUUGAUUGUGGAUAGCUUCAAUAAAACGCUGUCAACAAUCAAAACUAGCCUCAAUCCUCAUCCAUUCUUUUAAAACCUGUAAAGUCAGUUUUAGCCUCGUAAAAAACAGAUGCUAACUAAAAGGGACUCACAAUAAAACAGUAGAGUCAGUCUAUCCCUGACUUCUGUGGCAGAAACAAAAUGAUGGUUUGAGAUGAGAAGGACUACCAAAGAUAUGGUUCCCAGAUGAAACUUCAUGCCUGUACAUGUUCAGGGUUGUAAGGAAGUUCAGCAGAACAAAACUACUACAUGUAGCUUUAAUAUAGUUUCAAGUUAAACAUUAAUUUUUUUUUAGUUCCAGUGUUAAUAAUUGGUACAAGUUGCAGCUAUGAUUUGACAUUAAUAAUUAUUGAUUAAUUGUGCAAAAUAUUUGAUUUCUGUAGAUCACCCAAGUAGAAAAGUCUCCGCUGGUUUUGCCAAAGUAUGACGACAGACGGCAAGUUAUAGUGAAAAGCACCUAUGCAUAACCUCGACAGCCCAAGAUAGACACAGUUUAAAUUCACUGCAGCUGAUUACAAUGAUCUCUGUGCAUGAGUAUUACCCUUGAUUGUGUUAAAAUAAGCUAAGACUGUUACACCUCAUAUCAAGUUAUUGAGCUCACAGGCAUUUACACUCAGGUACUUAGAUGUAUACAACAAUUAAAUAUUAAAUAUUUAUAAGUUAAUACUGUUCUUUUUGUAGAGAUAUUGAGAGAAGUCAGCGUACAUCUUCAUAACAUUUUUUAGUUGUACAGUACCAGUCAAAGAAACUUUAAGUUUGGUAUUAGUAACAAGAUAUUAAAAUGGAAUCUGGUUAACAUUUAAGUUGAAAUUUUAGUAGGAUAAAAUACUUAUUAAAAAAGGGUCCAUGGUACAAACUUGGAUUUGCACGGCAAUCAGAGACACAAAAAAUUAUUAUUUGCGAGCUUCAGCAUUAUCUUUCCUUGCAUCACAUAUUUUUUUAAAGCAAAACUGUAAGGAAAGUUAUUUUUUAUUCAAGCUUGUUGGCAUACUUUACAAUGAGCUUUCACAAGAGAAACUGUCUGUAAGACAGCAUUCUUCUGGUUGUAAAAACUCUGUUGAUUACUUAGUUAGGUGUUGAUAAUCAUACUGUUGAACUGCACAUUUUUGAACAAUAAAACUCUGAGCAAUCAACUGAAAGGGGUUUUUAUUGUUAACUAAAACUCUCCUUUUGGAUUGAGCUGUUGUCAUUAUUACUUCUAUAAAGUGUACUUACUAAGCACUCACUCAGAGCUUUCAUGUUUUUAAAGGUGCAGUAAUAUAACAGCCAGCAAAUGUACCAUUGCUAUGCAAUGAAUAAAGUACUGUAUCACUUUUUAGUGAAAUUUGAGUGUAUUUGGCUUCCGUAGCAGAUGAUAGAAACUUGGUUAAAAAAUCUCAAAAUUUUUCACAGAGAGGAGCUAUAGCUCCUGUGAGUUACAGACUGAAAAAAAAUUUCUACUGAUAGAUAAGCUGUUUAUGUUCUUGCUUGUAGUUAAAAGUAACAAUUUCAUUCAACUGACACACUGUUCAAAGGAUUCUUGUGAGCAUUAGGAAAAUGUUUCAAGGAGUUAUAAUUAUCAAAUUGUUAUCAAUAUCCUUAGUUUAUUGCAUAAUUUAGUGACAAAACAGGUGUAAAUUUUAUAUGUACCAAAAGGCUUGUAAAAGCGAACAUGCAGAAUAAAUUGCGUGAAAACAUUUGAAACCACUGCUAUUUUCUAGGACUCUUUUAUUAAUU